AUGAACAGCCAACUCGAUCGCAUUACAAGUAUCAACCUCAUUUAUUCCUCAAAUUCCAAAGAUAAUGCCAGAUCUUCAUUCACUGCCCCAGGGCACGAGGCCCGACAACGCUAUCCGCAACAACGGGCCAGACAAUUUGGUUCUCGAGCCGAUGCCUGUGAAUGGGAGAACUUUGAAUCAAUCUUCCACCCCGGAGCCUACGUGUACACGACCUGGUCCGGUCGAGUCUCCUACACAGACUUCAUUGCAGCCUCCAAGGCUGGAAUGGACAAGGGCGCUUUUAUCAUGCACCGCUGCCACGGUGUCACGACUGAUGUCACGCCUGACGUUAAGCGCGCUGUUACCAAAAUGAAAGCUACUAUCACUCAGCGAUUCACCAUUGACGGCGCGGAGGUGGAUGCGGAGGCAGAUUGCCGUUUCUGUUUCUUCUUUGAGAAGAUUGACGGGCGCUGGGGUGCGCGCCUUGUCAGGCACUGGUACGAGAAGGAUAAGUUGAUUCCUGUCAAUCCGAAUAAUCUCCCAAAGCUGGAUGAGGAGAAACUUAACUCCUAUCCCGAGGGCUAUAAGUGUCUUGCCUACUGCCAGGAGCUUACUAUGGGCGUUUCUGUGUUGAAGGAUAUGCCAGGACAUAGGAGACAUGUUGGGACACCGCAAGGGGAAAAGCAUGAUCUGCUGUACAGGCUGGCUAAGGAUUGGUUGGAUGGUAAAGAUAUUGAGAUUUAG